GUAUGUUUUGACAGGAAUGAGGAAGAUUUGAAUUGUCAGCCAUUUUUGUGCGAAACCUAAACCAAACCAAGCAUUUGCGACGGGUUCCUUAGAUUGACUACCGGGUACGGAAUGAUAGACGGCGAUCUAUCAGAGACAGCGGAAAACGAGUGAAGCUAUCCAUUUUGGAAAGUUUGAUUUCUGGUUUUGGGCUACAUCAUGUCGCAAAGCUUCGUAGGCAAGGACAGUUAUCGUGUGAAAUGUGAGGAGGACAUCUUAAAAAUCCCAGAUCUCAUGACGGCGCGAGAGUUCAUGAAAAGUUGGGGACUCCCGACCAAAGGAAUAAAUAAUACAGAACAGGCCGUGCACAUCCUUGUGGAUCACUGGAAGAAAAAGGAUAAACCAACCAGAGAAGUAAAGAAACAGAUAUCCAAUGGCUUCCAGGAAGCUAUGUCUGAUGAUCAUCGGAAACGGGAAAAACUUGGAAUCAAGAUUGACGAGACGCUUGAACUCUUCAAAAGAUUGCCAAGGCAACAAAAGAGCGACCUUAUACGGUUCAUUCCAGAUCUUGUGCACAAAUGUGAGGUCCGGAAACACGAGCUCAUGUCUCCGGAAUGCACAAUUCUCAUAGCAGGAGAAACAGGCGCAGGUAAAAGUAGCUUCAUCAAUCUCCUGUUAGAGACAAACAUCCUUCCGACCAGUCAACUAGCCUGUACCAGCACGUUCUGUGAGCUCCACAAGAGCAGAGACAACCGCAAGACCGCCACAUUCUAUUACAAGACCAUUGAGGGUAUCAGGGAACAAUCUCCAAGGAAAGUCGACAUCAGCUCAAAGGAAGGUUUAAAGGAACUGCAAGAUGGAAUCACAAAAGUUGAUGAGGUAUUGGAGGAAAGUCCCUACGAGAAAAUCAUAAUCCAAUACCCUUUCCCAUUGCUAGAGGAGGGUAUCGUGUUGGUGGAUACUCCGGGGCUAGGAGAAAGUAAAAGUAUGGUAAAACACGUGGGCAGAUAUCUGGAAAAAUCAUUUGGCUUCAUUUACGUGGUCAACAGUUCCAAUGCUGGCGGAGUGCACGAGGGAAGGCUGAAAGACUUUCUCCGGACUGUCAUCAAUAUGAGUGAAGAAGAAUUGCACCACGACAGCACCAUGUUUAUUUGCAAUAAAUGGGAAACCGUUCCCGAUAAAUAUAAAGAGGAAGUCAGAGACGACACAAUGCGGAAGUUACAAAAGUUCUUCCGGAACAUAACGGAAGAUCAGCUGUUUUUUAUGUCCGUGGAGGAGGCUCAGAAACACUACGCCACACUGGGUAAAAUGUCACCGGAACAACAAACGAUGCUGACUGGGAUACAGAAAUUACUUCCGGCUAGUCUUGAAAAUAAGUUGAACCUUCACUACAGGUUCAUUUCCCAAAUCCUGAAAAGAUCCAUUUAUUCCUUAAAAGUAGCCAAAAACAUGGCGAAAUGUAACAGUAUUGAGAAGCAGAAACUUAUUGACGACAUCAAGGCACGAAUGCAAACUAUCCAAUGCAAGGCCUUGCAAUCAGUGGACGACCUCAGAAGAGGAAUGGAACAUGAAAUCGGAAGUCUGCACAAAAGCUUGACAAGUAUAAUAAACUCUGAUGAAUUCCGAAGAGCUUGCAAAUCAUGGGAUCCGAGAGAGUGUCCAGGGUCAAAGGAUUCCAAGAAACUCAUUCGUGAUGCCUCAGAGCUCAUUGAGAACCGUGUCUGUAUGAACAUAGACAAGUGGGAGAGACAAUACAAAGUGAUAAAGACACUUAAAGAUAGGAUAAUCGCCAAACUGAGAAGGGACUGUGAACUCAUGGAAGACCAGAUUCGAGAGAUAGAAAGUACCCUUAUUGCUGGUGAAAAUGCUAUCAUCCGAGAUCUACACAAAACAAUUAAAGGCGAUCCUCGGCGCAAGAAACCCAAAGACAAGAAGAAAGACAGCAAAAAAGAUGACAGGACUGCUGACCUUAAAGUAAGAUCGCUAGGGGGCGCUGUUAGUAUCGCAGGGAGAUUUGACAGCAGCAAAUCAACCAAGUCCUUUUUCAAAAGCUACAAGAAAAAAUCCCCGGAAGAAAGCAUGGCAGACGCUGUCGAUAUUUACAUUCAAAAUAUUCUUAAUUCCAAAGAACUUUACAAAAAUAUAGAAAUUUUUCUUAUGCGAUAUACAAAAGGCAUAGAUAUGGUGGCUCGCAAAAUUCCAGAUUUUAUUUCAUCUGAUGAGGAAAUGAUAAUGGAGAUAGAAAAACAGCUUCAGGAGUCUGCCGACUGCAUGCACGAAGUCCCAGAACUGAUACGGAGGAGCACUGUCUUGCUUGGACAACUAGACAUGAUAUAUGUAAGUGACAUCAUGCGCAAGGACUAUCGGUUACGAGAUUUGGAGUGGAGCCUCAACUCCAAACUCGGAAGUGGAGCGUUCGCCGAUGUAUACGCCGCCAAACUUCAGCAGGGUCACAAAUCGGAAAAUGUUGCCCUGAAACUGUUCAAAGAUCCAGUUCGUUCUAAUACAGUCAGUGACAUUUUGCUGGAGGAUCGCACGAUGAGGGAGAUGGACCAUCGCAAUUUGAUUCGUUAUUAUGGUUGUACUCUCCAAGUUAAGGACAACGGCAAAUUGUACUGGAUAAUGAUCUUAGAAUUCUGCCAGUGCACACUUAAAGACAGAGUUAUCACCGACGACUAUCAGAAUCCCGGAACAGUUGACGAAGCCUUACAGCUACGCCCCAAAUUAGAAAUGGCUCGAUACGCUUCUCAGCUUUGUCACGGUUUAGAGUACCUCCAUGGAAAGGACUUGGUACACAGAGAUUUGAAACUUGAGAACAUCCUACUUACUAAAAACAACGAUGUAAAAUUAACCGAUGUCGGUCUCUCUAAGCCCCAGGACGAUAUUUCAGGAACUCUCGCGGGAUCUCCAGUUUACAUGGCACCGGAAAUUCAUCUACAGAAAGGAAUCUACAACAGGAAGGCCGACAUUUUCAGCCUCGGUAUCAUGUUAUGGGAAAUGUGGUAUGGCACUGACGCAGCAGACCACAUUUCUGAUGUUCUCGCAAAGAAAGGCUAUAAAGCCUCAGAUCUCGGAUUCUUGUUGGAGAAAGGACUCAGACCGGAAAUGUUUGAGCGUUAUCGUCCGGAUCAGGAGUGGAGUAACCUCAUCAUCCAAUGCUGGACACUGGAGGCGAAGCAACGACCGGAAGCACGCCAUGUUCGCAGAUUCUUUGACGACUUCAUACAUUUGAAUUCAAGAGUGAAAUGACCACAGAGGAGUGAGAGGUGUUCCAAUUCAGGAUUUUAUUUUAAGCUGAGAGUAUUGGAGAUCUCCAGUGACCAUGAUUACAAACAAAAGACUUGGAGUAUACCAAAAUUAAAAUUUCAUUAAAUGCCACUGAUCAUUGACACACAAUAGACACUGGAUCAAAUGUAUAUAUACAAUAGUACCUGGGAACUGAUUAUUGACAUCAGAAACUGUAGAUACACAGUAUUAAAAUAUUAUACAGUUGUACACUAUACUUUGAGUACUUGAUAAUUGAAAUUUCAAAAGAAAAAUAAUAUAU